CUUUUACAACGCAGCACAAUGUCUUCGUCCACGAUUGAACUCGUGGUGCGCCCGCGUGGUCGCCCGAUCAAAAACCUCCCCGAGACCAUCACCGUCAGCUCCGAUGCGUCGACAUCCCAGGUCUUCGAACAGAUUGCAAAUGCGUCCAAGUUCUCAAUCCACCGCCUGAGGGUUACAAAGGGUAGCGACGGGUCGAGUCUGUCCAAUGGCGGAAGCGUGACAGUGCACGAGACAGGGUUGAGGAACAGGAGCGCCGUGGAUGUAAAAGAUCUGGGUCCCCAAAUAUCAUGGCGAACCGUCUUCAUCGUCGAAUACCUCGGACCCCUCCUCAUCCACCCACUCUUCUACUACUCGCGAUCCCUGAUCUACGGCACCUCGGCUCCUCCCUCGCAGCUCCAGAAGUUCACACUCAUAAUGUGCAUCAUCCACUUCGCGAAGCGCGAAUACGAAACACUCUUCAUCCACCGCUUCUCCUCGGCCACCAUGCCCGCGCGCAACAUCGUCAAGAACAGCGGCUACUACUGGCUGCUCUCCGGCUUCAACCUCGCGUACUGGUCAUACGGGCCCAACAGCCCUGCUGCGCGCCCUUCGAACCCACUGCUCACGUACCUCGGCAUCGCGCUGUUCUUGGUCGGCGAGAGCUGCAACUACAGCACGCAUGUAACGCUGCGGGAUCUGCGCAGGCCGGGUAGCACGGAUCGUGGUAUUCCGCAGGGUCUGGGCUUCAACCUCGUGACGUGCCCGAACUACAUGUUUGAAGCUAUGGCGUGGAUUGGCGUUGCGCUUGUGAAUUGGAGCUUGAGCACUGUGGUGUUUAUUAUUGUUGCGGUGGGGCAGAUGGGCGUGUGGGCUUGGAAGAAAGAGAAGAGGUACCGCAAGGAGUUUGGCGACAAGUACAAGCGGAAGAGGUAUGCUAUCCUGCCUGGUAUCUGGUAGGUUGCAGUAGAGAUGGGGGCUGAGAUCAGCUGGGGUCUUGUGUCGCUGUGGCUCAUCGUGAGGAGUCAUACAGCGCCAGGAGUCAUAGGGGGCACAUGUUCCUUGUCCAUUGCCUGCUUUUCGUAGUUUGGGGUCCGGUCAGGCUGAGCUAAGGCGUAAGCAGAGGAAGUACCGCAUCGUCUGCCG